UCGCGGGUAAACUCUCACUGGGAGGAAAUUCGCCACAAAGUGAGUUCUUGUCUUCGAGCGAGAAAUAAAUCGCUAAUUAAUCGACACGGACAACACGAAACGGAUUUUCGGCGAGACAGUAUAUGAAGACAUCGCUCACCUGAGGUGUUUCUCGAGGUUGGAGUCAAUUUUAAGAGCGGCACCUUCGUUAAAAUUCAGACUGCAAAGUAACAGCAUAAGAAUAAUAUUAUUGAAAGACAAACGGCGCAAUUGAACGUGUAAGGCAAACAGCCCGCGGAGUGAACCGUAAGAAUCAUGGUGCAAUGACUUCAAACGCUACUUUCUCGAUGACAAAGAAAGAAAGUUCCGCCAGUUCAAGAAUUAGGAUCAACGUAAGCGGAACAAUGUUUGAAACUUUAGAAGAAACCUUGUCGAGGUACCCAGACACUCUUUUAGGAUGUCCAAAGAAGCGUGUUCAAUAUUUUGAUAAAAGACAUGACGAAUACUUUUUCAACCGAAACAGACUGGCUUUCGAUGCGAUUCUGUUUUAUUAUCAGUCGUAUGGGAGACUAGUUAGACCCGACAUGGUGCCUGAGAAUGUUUUUAUCGAUGAGGUACGUUUCUUCCAAAUUCGAAGCGCUUACACUUCUACUCGAGAUAAAAUCGAGCGUGCUCUUUUAGGAAAAGACGAGGAUUUACCACAAAACCUCAUACAACGUAAGAUAUGGCUGUUGUUUUCACAUCCCGAAUCAUCAUACGCAGCAAGAGUUCUGGCAGUUUUAUCUGUUGUUAUCAUUCUUCUUUCGGUCGUUAUACCAUGUUUUGAGUCGUCAUCUGGGGUCAUCAACUCUAUAAACAACAAUAGGAGCACGUUUUUCUCGUCUUUGGAGAUGGCCUGUUAUAUUUGGUUUACCUUCGAGUUAGUGGUUCGUUUUUGCAGCGCACCUCAUAAACUGCGGUUUUUUCGCUCAAUGCUUAACAUCGUUGACAUAAUCAGCGUAGUUCCGUACUAUGUUCUUCUAACAAUGCAAAACACUCGUGCACCGUUAUCGGUGCUGCGCGCGGCAAGAAUGCUGCGUGUUUUACGGAUAUUCAAACUCUCCCGCUACUCUAGUGGUAUGCGGAUAUUGAUAUUUACGUUUUAUACGAGUAUGAAAGAGUUGGGAAUGUUUUUUAUCUUCAUUUCCAUCAGUGUCGUGGUAUCAUCGAGCGCAGCGUACUACGCCGAGACUGGUUGCGAAAAAUGCGCUUUUACGAGCAUCCCUGACGCGUUUUGGUGGGCGGUGAACACGAUUACAACGGUGGGUUACGGCGAUCAGUACCCGCUGACAGCCUCUGGUAAAAUGGUGGGUUGUCUGCUGACCGUGUUUGGUGUUUUAAUCAUUGCUCUUCCAGUUUUCCUCUUUGUCGCAAACUUCAACAAAGUUAUGAACGCCAACAUGGCCGCAAUUGACCGCGCUGGAGAAAAAGAACGCUGAAGUCAACUGAACCCAUUGAAACUCUAAGUGUGCACUGAAAUGGCUUUCUCCGAUUGCUUGCCGAAUUUUGUAUCACGCGAAGUACUUUUAGCAAAGCAAAACAAAUUCUGCUAUCAUCUUGCACAUGAAUUGUGCAAAUAUUUUCUUUGUAUUUAAGCGCUUGUAUCGAUUACCAUUUGUUACUUUAAUGUUCUUUAAGUCCCUUCGAUAAUAGAAACUAUGACUAAUGUCAGAGCCACCCGCUAAAAGGUUUUUAUCAAUUUUCCUUAAUCAAAAUGAUGUCCAUGUUUGUGUUACCAACGCAAAAAUAUGACUAAUCUCUUUUUUCAGGCAGAUUAUUGAAAACCUGUUUGAAAAUAAGAUGGAUUAAUUGAUUGCUUGAAAAGGAUUUUAGCUAGUGUUAAGGGCAAUUCUUUCUGUUUAGUGAAAGAAAAU